ACUAGGCGGCGCGGUGCGGGGGGGCGAUAGGAAACAUACAUAUCUACAUCGCAGAAGUGUUUUUUGUGCUGGUCUUUGACGACGCUUUAAAGAGGGACUGGACUGGUUGGCUUGCUUGCUCGAUUGAUAGAUCUGCUCGAUAGAUCGUCUUGAUCGAUUGGAUUGAGUGGCGCGUUGGUCAAUUGGCUGGUUGAUAUAUCACCGCGACAUGGCGGAUACCUACGACUUCAUCGUCGUCGGCGCGGGCACCUCCGGCUCGCUACUAGCCCACCACCUCUCGACCACCGCGUCGGCCCCGCGCACCCUCGUCCUAGAAUCCGGCAGCACGCCGACGGGCGCCUUCCUCAGCGCGCCCGCGCACCGCUACGCCGCAGCCCUGUUCCGCCCGGACCUAGACCACGGCUACGUGUCCGAGCCCGAGCCCGCGCUGGGCGGCCGCACGAUCGCGUACACGCGCGGCAAGGGCCUGGGCGGCUCGUCGCUGCUGAACUUCGGCGUGUACUUGAAGGGCAGCGCGGCGGACUACGAAGAGUGGGCGCGGCGCACGGGCGAUCCCGCGUGGGGCUGGGACGUCGUGCAGCGCGACUACGCGGCCAUCGAGACGUAUGAGGUCGCCGGGGCGGAGGAGUACGCGGAUGUGGCGUGCCCCGGGCGCGGGGUGCAUGGGCAGCGCGGAAAGGUGAAGAUCGGGCUGCCGCCGAAGUUGGAAAGGGGCGUGCUGGAAGGGAUGCAGGCGCUGGUUGGGGCCGGGGAGAAGGUCAAUCUGGAUCCGAAUAGUGGGGAUCCGAUGGGGGUUAGUGUGUUUCCGUAUAGUUAUAGCAAGGACGGGAGGUCGACGAGUGCGAUUGCGCAUCUGCGGGACGGUGGGGAGAAUCUGGAGGUGUGGACGGAUGCGAGUGUGACGCGGUUUCUGUGGAGUGAGGACGGGGAGAGGGUGGUGGGUGUGCAGACGGCGGAUGGCAGGAAAGCGUUUGCCUCCAAGGAAGUCAUUCUUUGCGCGGGCGCUAUCGACACGCCUCGACUGUUGCUCGUCAACGGUAUCGGUCCCAAGGCUGAGCUGGAGAGCGUUGGGGUUACAGUCAAGAAGGACCUGCCCGGUGUAGGAAAGCAUCUGCAAGACCACGUACUGGCUUUCAUGAGCGUGGAGGUCGACGGUGCCAUGAACGACCGCUGGGCUUUCGAGUCCGACGAGAACCUGAUGAGCGAGGCCACGGCUCUCUGGGAGAAGGACAAGACCGGGGCCUUCGCUCUGCAGCAGUCGUGUCUGUGGGGUGGAUUCCUCAAGCACCCCGAGCUCACGUCCUUUCCAGAGUACCAGGCGCUGCCAGCAGCGACACAGCAGUUCCUCACCCAGGCCGACGUGCCGACAUACGAAUUCAUCAACAACUGCCUGGCCUGGCCGCCGGGCGUCCAGGUUGAGAAGGGCAACAGCUACAUGACCUUCAUUGCGUUCCUGAUGAACCCCCAGAGCGAAGGGUCGGUCACUCUGCGCUCGUCCAAUCCCGAGGACAAGCCUGUCAUCAACCUCAACUUCCUCGCCCAUCCGUUCGACGCCCGCAUCAUGCGCGAGGCUGUGCGCUCGGUCUGGACGAAGAUAACGCAGAACGAGGUCUUGAAACCAUCGAUCAAGCGGACGCUCUGCGGGCCGGCCAGUCUGUCAGAUGCCGACGUUGACGCAUUCGUAAAGGACAACGCAAGCACCGUGUGGCACGCCAACGGGUCGGCCAUGAUGGGCAAGGCUGGCGACAAGAACGUGUGUGUCGACAAGGACUACAAGGUGCUGGGCGUGCCGGGCCUGAGGGUUGCUGACCUAAGCGUCUGCCCGGUGACAACGAACAACCACACGCAGCCCACGGCUUACCUGAUUGGCUACAAAGCGGCGCAGAGACUGAUUGAAGAAUACGGGCUGGGCACAGCAGAGCGGGCGAAAUCCGACACCAUCUUGGCGAAGAUGUAGGUUUAGAGCUAGACGCCUGUUGUGGGCAAAGCUGACCACGCGCUCAUCAGUGACUCGGUCUUAAAUUAGCACUACGCGAUGAUGACGCAUAUCUAGUCAGGUACGAGCAGCGGAUCAAGGAUGCAGCCGGCGCGAUGGUUUGAGAGCGGGAUGUCGCAGGUGAUGAGAGGUGGCUGGCGUUGCUGGGUAGACUAAAGCUUGGACCUCUACAUCAACACACUGAGCUCAUCGCAUCGCGCGCAGCGGUG